AUGAUACGCGAUUCGCAUUUGGGAAAGUGCGAAGUUUUUAGGCCAUCUCUCUCUCUCUCUCUCUCUCUCUCUCUCUCUCUCUCUCUCUCUCUCUCUCUCUCUCUCUCUCUCUCUCUCUCUCUCUCUCUCACCUCCCUCCUUCCUCGCUUCCUGUCUCAUCUCUCCCCCCCUCCUGUCUCCCACCCACCUCUCUCCCUCCCACCUCUCUCCCUCCCUCCUCUCUCCCUCCCACCUCUCUCUCUCCCACCUCUCUCCCCCCCUCCUCUCUCCCUCCCUCCUCUCUCCCUCCCACCUCUCUCCCUCCCACCUCUCUCCCUCCCUCCUCUCUCCCUCCCACCUCUCUCUCUCCCACCUCUCUCCCCCCCUCCUCUCUCCCUCCCUCCUCUCUCCCUCCCACCUCUCUCCCUCCCACCUCUCUCCCUCCCACCUCUCUCCCUCCCUCCCUCCCUCCCUCCCUCCCUCCAAUCUCUCUUUCUCCACUCCUUCUCUCUCCCUCGCACUCCUUUCCCUACCUUCUUCCUCCCUCACCUCUCCCUUCCACACCUCUCCCUCCCACCUCCCUCCCUCCCUUCUUUCUCCCUCCCUCCUCUCUCCCUUCCACCUCUUCCUAUCGCCAGCUUUCCCACUCCUCUGGCUCAUUCCUUACCACACCUGCCUCCCACCUGUUUCGACCCCCUCGUCAAGGCGGAAGGCUCGCUUCUUUCCACCCUAUGA